CCGCAGGCCAGUCAGUUGGAUUUCCCCCCCCCCCCCUUUUUGGGUGCAUAAUUAUAUAAUAUAAUAGUCAAGAAUCAAGAUGGAAUCCGUAAGAACCCUAGUUUGUUUGCUUACACAUUCCCAAUCGGUUUCAGCUUAAUCCAACCGAACUAGAGGUAGAUUACGAUGAACCUGAAAUCAGAAAGACCACCGUUCUGUUCUGUCUAUCUAUCUCUACAUUGGAUUGGAUGGAGCCCCUGCCUCUUCCUGCCAAAUACUUGCUGGUUUUGGUUUCUUUUUCUCUGCACUGCAUGCAAGUAUAAUCUCGUCUCGUUGAUCUUCCCUUCAUCCACGCAGGCAGGCAGCUCAUGGAGGUUGCUACUCCCAAUAAUAACGCUCACCAGGUCAUUGAUGAACUAGUAUCCAAUGAUGAUGAUGACGAUAGGCUCAGCGCCCUCCCAAAUGAAAUUUCGAUCUACAUCCUCCAACGCCUGCCGCUGCGCACUUCAGCACAGACCACCAUCCUCGCAAGGCGAUGGACCCAUCUUUUCCCAUCCAUGACACAUCUCAAAAUAGAUAUCAAUGAAUUUGUACCACGCAUCCUCACUAGGCACAAUGUGGCUCGAAGCAUGGCCAUGUCGUGGUACACCCAAGCACUAAGGACAUUGCUAGCUCCUACAAUUGACCCUGAUCGGACCAUAAGGACCAUGCAUCUACGCUUCUACCCCACAGACUCAUACCUGCUCUCCAUUGCCCGCAUGGUCGACGAUGCGGUUCAGAGUGCCAGUGCCAGCAAGAUUGAGGUCCUUGACUUUGCCAUUCUGAAUGAGGUGUCCGAGGUGCACUGCACCGAGAAACAGAUGUCACGAUACGGGCGACGCUUCAUGUCCUUCUUUCAGGCUUGCCCCAAUGGAUUCAGGUGCCUAACAAGCCUCUCUCUAUGGGCCCUCAGGUUUCGGGAUUCAGAUAUCCCAAGCCUACUAGGCUCCUGCCACCAGCUGCAGCACCUCCUUCUACGGGCUUUGCGAUAUUACAUCAAGGUUGAACUCGUCCACGUUCCAAAGCUUGAAUCAGUGGAUUGUGAUACAUGGGUUUGGAUCAUGCCAGAAGAGCCGAAGAAACUAUUCCCCAUAUUUCGCAAUCUUAAGGAUGUAUAUCUUUACAACAUUAGUAAUGACAGUGGCCUCGACUGGACACUGUUUGUCCUUGAAGGCGCACCCUCCCUCAAGAGUUUUCAUGUUAAGAUAUCUCACCACAUAUGUGGGGGGGAUGGUUUUGAGCACAAUGCUGGCAGUAGUAAUGUUGUGUGGGAAGCAUCAUCUGACAUCAUCAAGCAUAAAAACUUGAGGUUGUUGGAUAUAAUAGGCUUUGAGACAGAAGAGAAUCUGAUCAAGUACAUAAGGCUCGCCAUUCAGCGAGCUAUCGCUUUACAGAGAAUUCACUUGCAUGAGAAGGAACCAUGUGAAGACUGCGAUGAUAUUUAUCUCAAUACGCCAUCUCUGUCCAGAACUAGAUUCCCUAACAAUGAGCAAGAGAAGGAUCUACUAAGAGAGCAACUCCUGCAGGGAUUCUCAUCGUCUAUAGAAAUAAUAAUAGGUUGUUACUAGUAAUUGUUAGAUUUUCUUUUCAUGCCAGUAAUUGUUCUAAACAUGAAAAUUUUGAAUUUUGAUAUUCUUAUAUCAUGGGGUUCAGAAUGCAAAGUUUCCUGUAAUUUCAAAAUUCUUUACAUUAUUGAUUCUAAAAUCCCAAAAUUUGAAAUGCCAAGCAGGGGAAGACUGAUUUUUUUCGGGCACUCAGUGCCACACAGGAGUCAUCUGAAGGUGAUGGCGUAGAAGAUUUGAAGUUAGCUUGGUGGUGACAUGGAAGGUUUCUCUUUACGUAGAAUUGACUACUACCUUUACCAACGGUAUAUAAGAAUUUCUCUCUUAACUUACAGCGCACAAGAACUUUAUUUGGGUCAUAUGGUACAUUUCUUUGUUAAAUCCGGACAUGUACUAUGGCGUUGUUCUGAUAUUAUGAGGUGAUUGUCUUGUAUUUCCCCCUUAUUUUGUGUAUCGCUGUAACCAAUUGUCCAUGUUGCCGUAUCAUUUGCAAGCAGUGUCCUGAAAUGUUUGCUCCUGGCUGA